CUCAUAUAAAAACAGUCUUCUGGGCCGCCCUCAGCGUGCAACUAAAUAACUCUUUAAACCUCAUCAGGUUGAAAUAUUUAUCUGCGAGGAGCUCUGAGGGAUAAACCGGGCUUCGGGGUGGUGGUAUUUGGUGGAAGAGGAAAAGCGGAGGGACGUCGGGGAGAACUUUGAAGCCAUGGAUCGGUGUUGAAGUCGCUCUCCUUCGGGCCGGUCCGGAGCGCUCCACAGCCCGGGCCUCGACGAGCUAGCCGCGGCCGCUAACCGGCUCAUGCCGACACGCCAGACGGCUUCCGAGGGAGCGUCUCCGGUCACCGCCUGCCUGUUGAAUGUGGGACGAUAGUAAAAGUGGCCAUGGCUGUAUCGAGACUUGAUCGUUUGUUUAUCCUGCUUGACACUGGAACAACACCUGUAACCAGGAAAGCAGCGGCCCAGCAGCUUGGAGAAGUGGUCAAACUGCACCCACAUGAGCUCAAUAACCUGUUGUCUAAGGUUUUGACUUAUCUAAGGAGUCCCAACUGGGAUACUCGAAUAGCAGCAGGCCAAGCUGUGGAAGCCAUUGUGAAGAAUAUUCCCGAGUGGAACCCUUCUCCCAGACCUAAAGAAGAGUCCUGUGAGGACCUUUCUCCAGAGGACUCCUCCUGUGACCGGCUGAGCUUCUGUCACUUCGACAUCUCGCGCCUCCUCAAACACGGAGCGUCUCUGCUGGGAUCUGCUGGGGCCGAGUUCGAGCUCCAGGAUGACAAAACUGGAGAGAUGGACCCCAAAGAGCGCUUGGCCCGCCAGAGGAAGCUCCUUCAGAAGAAGCUGGGCCUGGACAUGGGUGCUGCCAUCGGUAUGGACACGGAGGAGCUGUUCAACGACGAGGACCUGGACUACACGUGCCAAGCCAGCGGGCUCAAAACCCUUGGAAGUAAAACCACAGCUGCGUCCAGCUCCCGCAAUCAUGUGACCAUUCAGGCUGCUGAACUGAUCGACACCGAGUUCCGGCCCGGCAUGAGCAGCCGUCAGAAAAAUAAAGCCAAGAGGAUGGCGAAACUGGUGGCAAAGCAGCGAUCCAGAGACAUGGAUCCCAACGAAAAGAGCAACGACAGUUUUGAGGGUGAGCCCGAAGAGAAGCGAAGAAAAACUGCCAAUGUGGUUAUUGACCAACCGGCAACGGAGCAUAAAGUCUUAAUCGACAACGUCCCAGACAACUCCGGCCUGUUAGAGGAGACUCACGAGUGGCCUCUGGAGAGCUUCUGUGAAGAACUCUGCAAUGAUCUGUUCAACCCUUCCUGGGAGGUUCGUCACGGUGCAGGGACGGGCCUUCGAGAGAUCCUCAAGUCCCACGGCGCGGAGGGCGGGAAGCUGGUGGGAAGCACCGCAGAGCAGAUGUCCCGGCAGCAUCAGGAGUGGAUCGAGGAUCUGGUCAUCCGGCUGCUCUGCGUCUUCGCUCUGGACCGCUUUGGAGACUUUGUCUCUGACGAGGUUGUGGCUCCCGUCAGGGAGACGUGCGCCCAGACGCUCGGCGUGGCGCUCCGCCACAUGAACCAAACGGGUGUUUCCAUGACGGUGGACGUCCUGCUGAAGCUGCUGAAGGAGGACCAGUGGGAGGUCCGCCACGGGGGCCUGCUGGGGAUCAAAUAUGCCCUGGCUGUCCGUCAGGACUUGAUCGCUGUUUUGCUCCCCCGGGUGCUUCCUGCCGUCACGGAGGGCCUACAGGACCUGGAUGAUGAUGUCCGCGCCGUGGCAGCUGCAGCACUCAUACCGGUGGUGGACGGCUUGGUGCAGCUGCUGCCCAGCAGGGUUCCGUUCAUAGUGAACACACUCUGGGACGCUCUGCUGGACCUGGACGACCUCACAGCAUCCACCAACAGUAUUAUGACUUUGUUGUCCUCGCUGCUCACCUAUCCUCAAGUCAGACAGUGCAGCAUGCAGCAGUCUCUGACUGUCCUGGUCCCUCGGGUGUGGCCGUUUCUCAGACACACCAUAUCUUCAGUCAGGCGAGCUGCGCUGGAAACUCUCUUCACUCUGCUUUCCAAAGCUGACCAGAGUUGCGCAGCGUGGAUAAAUCCCAUCCUGCAGGACAUGCUUCGGCACAUCUUCCAAUCCUGCAUUCUGGAAAGCAGCGAGGAAAUCCUGGAACUGAUCCAAAAGGUGUGGAUGGCGCUGCUGUCUCAAGCUCCCCAGCAGUACGUGGUCGCUGCCAGCUGUCCGUGGAUGGGCGCCUGGCUCUGCCUCAUGAUGCAGGCCUCACGCAUUCCCAUCGACCCCAACAUGCUGCUGGAGGUGAAGGCCCGCUCCAAGCAGGAUAAGGCUGGCACAAAGGCACGCCAAGGGAACAAUCAGGUGAAGGAAACGGUUCAGGAGUACAUAGCGGGCGCAGAGACGGUGACAGACGACGCAGCAACAAGGGACUACGUGGUGGUCCGCGCCCGUCUCAUGGCUGCCAGAUUGCUGGGGGCUUUGUGUCAGUGUAUCUGUGACCCUCAACUCAACGCCGCAUCCCAGGAGAUCCGCCCAGCAGAGUCUCUGGGUCAGCUGCUGCUCUUCCACCUCAACUCCAAGUCGGCCCUGCAGCGCAUCGCUGUGGCUAUGGUGCUGUGCGAGUGGGGCUCUUUGCACAAGGGCUGUCAGGUGGUGUCGUCCAUGGUGCAGCCUCGUCUUCAGGCCAUCCUGUUAGAGCAGCUCUACUAUGACGAGAUCGCCAUCCCCUUCACCCGCAUGCAGAACGAAUGCAAGCAGCUGAUUUCUCUGCUGGCCGACGCUCACAUUGAUCUUCAGGACCGCAUCAAAUGUAGUGUGUUCACCAUCGAUCAAGCCAACCAACUGGUAACGACCAUCUUCACAGAGUCAACGGCGGGAUUAAAUGUGAAGUCCAAGCAGUGGCAGCCGCUGGACAGCAAGCGGCAGCAGGCUCAAGCGACCGUGACGGAGACCAACACCGAGUGGCAGCAGCUGCACCUGCGUGUCCACAUGUUCACGGCCUGCGCCGUCAUCAAUCUGCAGGCGCUUCCCAAUAAGCUCAACCCUCUGAUCAGGCCCCUGAUGGAGGCCGUCAAGAGGGAGGAGAACACCCUGAUCCAGGGUUACGCCGCCUCUUUUAUCGCCAAGCUGCUGCAGCAGUGUGCCGGGCGCUCGCCGUGCCCCAACCCCAAGAUCGUCAAGAACCUCUGUGCCUCGGCCUGCGUGGACUCUGCGGCCACGCCGUCGUCCGCCUGCCCCGUGCCCCCCACGCAGGAAAACGCCAAAGGAAGUGGGUUCGAGAAGGACGGGAUGCAGCACAUGGUCAACAAAACCCGCGGCAUCAUCACGCUGUACCGCCACCAAAAGGCGGCCUUCGCCAUCACCAGUAAGAGGGGCCCGGCCCCGAAGGCCCCCAAACCGCCCAGCACAGAGCUUCCUCCCGGCAGCACCAUCAACGCAGACACCGACGAGAGCAAAAAGCCCUUUCUCAUCCAGAGGCGAGGGGCGGAGUUCUCCCUGACGACCGUCGCCAGGCACUUCGGCGCAGACCUCACCGAGUCUCUGCCGUACCUGUGGGAGACCACAGUGGGACCGCUGAGAGCAGUGGCGGCGGAAAAUCACAGCAUCGAUCGGCAGGUCCAGCUGGAGAAGGGCGACGCCGCCGCUCAGGAACUCAUCAACUCUCUGCAAGUGCUGGAAGUCACGGCUGCGGCGAUGGCGCCCGAGCUCAAAUCUCUGCUACUGGAGCAUCUCCCCCAUCUGUUCGCCUGCCUGCAGCACCCAUACACAGCGGUGCGCCACAUGGCGGCUCGCUGUGUGGGGGUGCUCAGCAAGAUCGCCACCCUGGAGACCAUGAACAGCUUCCUGGAACACGUACUGCCCUGGUUAGCCGCCAUCGACGACUGCACCAAGCAAGAGGGCGCCAUCGAGGCCUUGGCGUGCGUCAUGGAGCAGCUGGACGUGGGCAUCGUGCCGUACAUUGUGCUGCUGGUCGUACCGGUGCUGGGACGCAUGAGCGACCCGAGCGACAGCAUCCGCUUCAUGGCCACGCAGUGCUUCGCUACCCUCAUCCGCCUGCUGCCUCUGGAGGCGGGCAUCCCCGACCCCCCCGCCAUGUCCGCCGACCUGGUGCGCCAGAAGGCCAGAGAGCGCCACUUCCUGGAGCAGCUGCUCGACGGCAGGAAACUGGAGAACUACAAGAUCCCUGUCCCCAUCAAAGCCGAGCUCAGGAAGUACCAGCAGGAUGGCGUGAACUGGCUGUCCUUCCUCAACAAGUACAAGCUGCACGGCAUCCUGUGCGAUGACAUGGGGCUGGGAAAGACGCUGCAGUCCAUCUGCAUCCUGGCAGGCGACCACUACCUCAGAGCACAGGAAUACGCCCGGACCAAGGCGGCGGACUGCAGCCCGCUGCCCUCCCUGGUGGUCUGUCCUCCCACUCUGACCGGCCACUGGGUGGACGAGGUCAGCAAGUUCUGCAGCAGAGAGUACCUCAACCCUCUGCACUACACCGGGCCGCCCACGGAGCGCAUGCGGCUGCAGCACCAAGUUAAGAAACACAACCUCGUCGUAGCUUCCUAUGAUGUUGUACGGAACGACGUCGACUUCUUUAGAAAUAUAAAAUUUAACUACUGUAUCCUCGAUGAGGGCCACGUCAUCAAGAACGGGAAAACCAAGCUUUCCAAAGCCAUAAAACAGUUAGCCGCCAACUUCCGAGUCAUCCUGUCGGGAACGCCCAUCCAGAACAACGUGCUGGAGCUCUGGUCCCUCUUCGACUUCCUCAUGCCGGGCUUCCUGGGAACCGAGCGUCAGUUUGCCGCUCGCUACGGGAAGCCUAUCCUCGCCAGCCGGGACGCCAAGAGCUCGUCCAGGGAACAGGAAGCAGGUGUCCUGGCCAUGGAGGCGCUGCAUCGACAGGUCCUGCCUUUCCUUCUGAGGAGGAUGAAGGAGGACGUUCUCCAGGACCUUCCUCCGAAAAUAAUUCAGGACUAUUACUGCAACCUGAGUCCUCUCCAGGUUCAGCUGUACGAAGACUUUGCGAAGUCUCGGGCCAAAGCCAGCGUUGAGGACAGCAUCUCUGUGGCCAGUGCGGAGGAGGAGGAGAAGCCCAAACUGAAGGCUACAGGCCACGUCUUCCAGGCGCUGCAGUACCUCCGGAAGCUGUGCAACCACCCGAGUUUGGUCCUGACGCCUCAGCAUCCGGAGCACCGGCGCAUCACGGAGCAGCUGGCCAGUCAGAACUCCAGCCUGCGGGACAUCCAGCACGCUCCCAAGCUGUCCGCCCUCAAACAGCUGCUACUGGACUGCGGCCUGGGAGGCGGCGGCGGGUCGGAGGGCGGCACGGAGGCGGUGGUGGCGCAGCACCGCGUGCUCAUCUUCUGCCAGCUGAAGAGCAUGCUGGACAUCGUGGAGCACGACCUGCUGAAGCCCAAACUGCCCUCCGUCACGUACCUGAGGCUGGACGGCAGCGUGCAGGCCGGCCUGCGACACUCCAUCGUUUCCAGAUUCAACAACGACCCCUCCAUCGACGUGCUGCUGCUGACCACCCAUGUUGGAGGUCUGGGUUUGAACCUGACGGGCGCAGACACUGUGGUGUUUGUGGAACACGACUGGAACCCCAUGAGGGACCUGCAGGCCAUGGAUCGCGCCCACAGGAUCGGACAGAAACGAGUGGUGAACGUGUACAGGCUGAUCACUCGAGGCACGCUGGAGGAGAAGAUCAUGGGACUGCAGAAGUUCAAGAUGAGCAUCGCCAACACCGUCAUCAACCAGGAGAACACCGGCCUGGGCAGCAUGGGCACCGACCAGCUGCUCAACCUCUUCACGCUCGAUAAGGACGAGAAGGCGGAGAAGGGGGAGCAGUCCCCGUCCACGUCGGGGAAGAGCUCCAUGAAGUCGGUGCUGGACAACCUGGGAGAGCUGUGGGACCAGCAGCAGUACGACUCCGAGUACAACCUGGACAGCUUCAUGCACUCGCUGCAGUAGCUCCGCCCCCCUCCGUCACGCAUCUCAUCUCCUGGCCAAGCGGGACCUGGUCGGAGCCUCCUGGUGCUGGAGUUCAAUUCCCCCCUCCCUUCACACACGCGCGCGCACACACACACACACACCCUAAACGAGCGUCCCAUGAAUUUAUGAUUUAUCACUGGUGAAGUGACACGACUGAAACACAUUUCCCACAAUCCCCCGUUAAGACUCCACCAGGCACGUUGAAACAUUUUAAAUCGCAGUAUAUUGAUGUUCUGACGAACAUGUUUGCUCACCGGCGGCGGCAGCGUCACGGCAGCCCGUGACGUCUCCCCGCUCACCUCCAGCAGGUACGGUUUGGUAUUCACAGCGGUGGUUCUGUUACCGGAGCCGGAGCGGCUUUCCCAGCCCGCCGCUCCCCUCCUCCUCCUCCCCCCACACGGCCUCAGGAGAUCCUACAGUGUUAAGUGCUCCAUACCUCCACCCGUCAUCACUAAGUCUUAAAGCAGCGCUCCACCCAGCACGCCUCUCAACGACCGAUAGAAACACGUUUUACAAAGGGAAACGGCGCGACCGACACCAAGCCCCACAGGAGGUCGUCGCCCCGUGUAGGAUUUUCUUCUUUCUUUCUACGAGCAGAAACCGUUUUUACCACAACGAAGGUGAGUUGUGUUCCGCGGACGAACAGUCCGAUCUCUAGUGAGGCUCUUCCUCCUCAUCCUGCGGCGAACAGACGAGCCGAGGAAGCUCCGCACUCGAAGCAGCGUUGCAGAAACUGAACACAGGGCCAGCAAAGCAACGGCGCUUGCAACCCCGUGACAAGUAUUUUAAAAGGAAAAGAAAAACAAAUGAUAGGACUUGUACAUUUUUCUGUAACUGCUGCUUUUUGUUUAUGAUCGUCAAAUUGUAAUAAAUUCUACAAGCCUUUGAGAUACACAUCUACUGUUUUGCUGGCGUGAGUGUGUUUGAAUGAUGGCGGCCAGUAGAUGGUGUGGUUGUAUACCAGAACAGGAGCUAAGGACUGUAAAUCAGAGCAAUGGGAGAGUACACAGGUUUCAUUUCCACACACCAGCCUGUAGGAUUUAUUAGAGCCUCAUGCAGCAAAAGGAAACCUGCAGUCCGGACCGUCGGUAGUGAACGUUGGGAUUCUUUGUCUUUUCUCAUAUCUGUGACAUUUUUAGUAAAUUAACUCGAGUUGAGCUCAUGAAUGAUCCUACAUGUAGAGGAUGUUCAGAGCCUGUUUGCUGUUUGUAAUUUGAGGAUAAAACUUUUUAAAUUGACAAUGUAUUUACUUACAUUGUCAAAGUUUAAAAAAGAAAAACGAAUCAAAGUGUGAAAGUGUGAAAAGUGUGAAAGGGUACCAAACCAAACGUGCACUUACUGACAGUUGUGUUUUGGUAUCAUUCAGUAAUUCUUUCUGAAAAGACAAAAGUUUUAAUCAACCAGAAUCUAUUGUCUUUUGAGCUUUUUAAAACAUGGAAGUCAGUCGCAUCACAUGGGCGCAAACAUUUUGCUGAUUAUCAUUUUCUUGUUUCAAACAAGUUCUCUAAAAAAUAAAAAACAACCCAGAUUGUUCCACUUUUAAAGUUACUCCUUGUUGCUUUGGACUUCAGAAGAGCUUUCAUUAGCAUCCACAACACUUCCACAGGGCGUCAGACCGUCUCCAAAGACCUCAGGAGUCCUGGUCUCAACGGUGUGUAACGUUAGGAAGUUUACCAAGCAUCAAACCAUCAAUAAGCUCCCUGAAUGUGAGGGAGAAGAGAAAAGCUGAUGAGAGAAGUCUUUCAAAGUUGGUAGGAACAGA